UUGACACCUGACAAGUUAUUGAUAUUUUUACAUCUGUCUUAGUACUUCAUGAUAUCUAUGAAAUAAUUUUUAAGAUUUUGGGAAAACUUAUCCCGAUGGAAUUUAUUGAGCUUAUAUUAAUUAAUAAAUUAGACGGUGUGAUACUUAAAUACCCACAUCACGAUAAUGUAGACGGCACAGUAUGUAUAACUGGACACCACUUGAUUUUAAGCUCAAGAAAAGAAGGCGUUCGUGAAUUAUGGCUUUUACAUAAGAAUAUAGACAGCAUAGAGAAAAAAGAAAACAAGCCAAUAAAUGGUAUGGCACAAGGAGGUUCUCUUUUCCUGAAAUGCAAGGACUUAAGAAUAUUCCAACUAGAUAUUGGUACCACCACAGAGUUAAAUCUUGUUGCGCAGACAUUGGAAAAUUUAUCCAAUAUUCAAGAUCCAAGUCUAUUCUAUCCAUUCUUUUAUAGACACAUGCAUCCUAUUGUGGAAAAUGGCUACACAUUAUACAGUAUUGAAGGUGAAUUUACCAAGGUAUUAGCAAGUGAAGAUUGGCAUUUGUCUCGUGUUAAUCAGAAUUACAACAUAUGUCCGGGAUAUGCUAAAGCUGUGGUAGUGCCUAAGUGCAUUGAUGAUGAGACAUUAGCUGCUGCAGCAUCAUUCAGACAGGGCGGGAGAUUUCCUGUCCUAUCUUAUAGACAUAAUAACGGUGCAGUACUAUUACGAGCUGGUCAACCGUUGUCUGGACCAAAACACAGGCGAUGUCGACCUGAUGAAGCCAUAUUGAACUCUGUAGUCAAUGUUGGCAUGAAAGGGAUCAUUUACGAUUUAAGAAGUUCCAAUGGUAUUUCACAACAACAAAAUAAAGGUGGAGGAUCAGAAAGUGCAGCUAAUUAUUCUCAAUGGAGAAUAUACAAUAGGUCAAUGGAUGAUGUUGACAAUCAACAGCAGUUGCUGGAAAGCUUCUCCAAACUUAUUGAAGCUUGUGUUGACAAGGAGAUAUCUAGCGACAAGUGGAUAUCCCGGCUGGAGUCGUGCGGCUGGCCGGAGUCUGUGCGCAACUCACUGCACACAGCUUGCAUCGUCGCACAACACUUACAUCAAAAAGCGGAAUCUGUGUUAAUCCACGGAACCCGGGGUGAAGACGCCACUCUACUAGUCUGCUCUCUGGUGCAGAUCAUUCUGAACCCAGACUGUAGGACUAUAAGAGGUCUGCAGGCUCUGAUAGAACGCGAGUGGGUGCUGGCCGGUCACCCAUUCGGCAGCCGGCAGCGCGCGGGCGCGUUCACCUCACAGCCGCGCCCCGCCGCAGCUCCCACCUUCCCGCUCUUCCUGGACUGCGUGCGACAGUUCCUCGAGCAGUUCCCCUGCAGCUUUGAAUACAGGCAGUCCUUCCUCAUCACACUCUUCGAACAUUCGUAUGCUAGUCAAUUUGGUACAUUCCUGUGCGACAAUGACCAGGAGCGUUCAAUACGCGGCGUGUACACACAGACCACCAGCCUGUGGUCGUGGCUCAACCAGCCGGAGGAGCUGGCUACCUACAUCAACCCACUCUAUGAUCCAACACCAAACGUCAUCUGGCCUUCAGUAGCUCCUAUGAGCUUCGUUAUCUGGGAAGAGCUCUACUUACGCUGGUUGACACCACAAGGUACGGAGGAGCGCGAGGAACAGUACCGAGCAAUAAGAACACGGGAACAACAUCUCAGGACCCAGGCGCAGCAGAUGAGGCGGGAACUGUUCGACCUGGCACAGCAGUACUACAACACUGAGAAGACAGCUGAUAAUUGAUGACGUCAUAACUGCUGAUUACGAUAAACUUAUGCCAUCUGGUGGUCAAAAAUGAAACUAAAGUAACAGCACAUUGGCGCCCCCUAUAUGUCAAAAUGUCACAAGAACCUUGUUGGACUGUCUUGUCACUUAAUUUUUUGCGUCAUGUUCUAUUUAUAUUUUGCUUAUAGUAUAAUGUCUGGAAGAGCCGACUGAUCUCUAUAAAUAGGCGAUUGCUUGGAAAUAACAGCUUUCUUCGUUACUAAAACGCGCCUUUUGAUAUUACGUACCACUUUAUUCCAUUUAUAUUAUUUCAGAAAUUAUUAGUUAGAAUUCCUUGUCGCGAAUGACGGGUUUUUGUUACAAGGUCAUGUGUCAGAUUGAUAAGUGAGGGGACAUAAACUUUGAUGUUUAAGGCUAGUGUUGCGCCGAUACACCGACGCAGUGUCGUAUUCCAAAAUGGCGGAAAUCAAAUAGGCACAAAAUAGUACUUCUUAUAGCCAGUCCAUUUAUAGAGGUCAAUGGACUUUAUACAGAGAGCUCUCUGCGAUGGUUAUAAUUUAGUCGGAUUAUAAUGAAUAUUAUUUAGUCGUGUUAUAUUAGCGUGUUGAACUACAUCUUUUACUGCCAUAAUUAUUUUAAAACUAUAAAAUAACUUUCUUCAAGUAAUUAACUUUACUAGACUUUCUAUCUAGAUAACUAUUAAGGAUAGAUAAUGAAGUGUACCUAAGAUUUUUUAAAAUAAAACGUUAAAUAUUGGCUUAAAGAAUGAAUGUGUAGUCUGAAACAAAGACGUGUGACAAACAUCUGUUCAAAGAUUAUUUGGUAAUUAAUAAGUGCCUAAUAUCAUAUAAAUGUAAAAUUUAAGGGCUAUAUCGAAUGAUCUUUUUGACAUUU